AAAGUGUACAAAUAUGACAAUGAGAAAGGAAUGGUAUUUAAAUAUUCAAUUCAUCAUGUGAUAAUGAAAUAAAAUAUCAUGAAAUAUAGACCAAUUCAACUUGAACUAAGAACUGCAGCUCUCCUAACUUGUUUCAUGGAAAUAAGACAGUUAUAGAUACGAUUUGAGCCCCGUCUGUCUAGUGCACAGAACAUGUGACAGCAAACUGUUAGGACGUCCUUAAGAAUUUUACACCUGAUAAGGAUAUACCUUGAACUGGAAAAUUGAAUAUUGAUAUUUUCAUCCUACAAGAAGCAAAAUCAAAAUGACCCCUGCUUAAGAAAUUGGAGCAACAUUACAGAAAAUGAAGAUUAAUUUGUUGAUAUGAAAGCUGCAGUUCAGUUAUAUACAGAAACACUUCCUACAGAAGCUUAAUGGCACAAAACCAGGCAAAGAGAGUGAAAACCUCCAAAACCAACACCAGUGACAAAGAAUUGCCAAGCAAAGGGGAACCAGCCAAGAAAAACCCAGAGCAUGGUCACAAUCCAGGAGAGUUCCCCAAAAAAGCGUCUGAUCUAACAAAAAGUGCUGGAGAAUCAUCCAAGAAAUCACUGGAACAAUCCAAAACUUCCACAGAAUUAACCAGAAAACAUUCUGACCAAGUUAAAGCUCAAGGAGAUUCAUCCAAGGGUCAAGGAGCAAAGCCAAAAAUAAACUCAACCAAAAAGGUUCUGAAAAUUGAAAGGAAUCAAGGUGAAGCUAAAAAGAUUUUGUGUCAGAUGAACAGUCAAUUGACUGAACUUCUGUUAGGAAAGGCAAGCAUGAGCGAGAGUCCCACAGACUUGACAAGAAGGUCAUUAACUGCAAUUCAGACUUUGAGUAAAGAUAUUGUGGAUAGUUGUGGUUUUACUAAACAGACCAGGAAAUUAGGCUUUCUGGAAGAUAUAGGACAACUCUUGCAAGAAUGUUCUCAACUCAGACAUCAGUUAAAUAAAUGUGAGUCCAGUCUAAAGAGUGAAAAAGACCUGGUGAAAUUUCACACCAACAGAUGCAGGACAUUUCAAAAUGAGAGAGAAAGACUAAAAAUGGAGAAAAAACAAACCGAGGACAGAAAUUCAGAACUGGAAGAUAAAAUUAUGGAAUUGGACACGUCAAUCAUACAGAUGAGGCAGAGUCACCAAAAUGCAAUCAGAAUACUCACAGAUAAACUUGCACACCAGCAAGACAAGCUAAAUAAAUAUGAAUUUUCUUUAUCAUCAAAAGAGGAAAAGAACAAUGAACUUGUGAAGGAAAAUCAAACUCUUAAAGACAAAAUCUUAGACUUGGAACACAGAAAUAAAACUCUAGAAAAGAAGUGUCAGGAAUAUCACAAAGACUCAGAAAAGGCGAAUCACAAAACUAAAGUGUUGGAAAAUAAACACAAGAAAUUGCAGUCUGAAAUGGAUGUCAUGAAUGUUAAAAAUAUUGAACUCAGAAGUAAAAAUAAAACCGUAACAAAAGAAUCCCAUCAUUCUGAGGGGAAAAUCAGAGACCUGGAGGGAAAAGUGCAGACACUAACAUCCGAACUACAGGAACACAGUUCCGAAAUCGAUCAACUCCACGAGCAAAAUCAUCUCUUAAAAAUGAGACUGUCCAAUUACGAAAAUGAAAACGAAUCCGAUUUAAUGAAAAUAGAAGAUUAUAGAGAGGCCUUAGUGGAACAAGAGGACAGGAUGACGAAGAGGCGAUUUUCUGGGUCAUUUAAACUGAAGAGAGAUGACAGCGAACAUUCCCUGAUCAGUUGUGCCAACAGUGGACUCAGCUCAACCCUGGAGAGUCACGGAAGGGUGUCCAGGCUCACUAAGGAAGAGUCAGAACUCUCUGAGGUUAGCUUUGCAAACAGCUCUCACUCAGAUGAAGUACCCAGGUGAAAAAAGAAGGUGUUUAAACUAAAUCACACCCACUAAAAUAUUGAAUUUCAACAAGUUGUGACACAUGGCUGUUAUAAUUCAGUCUGGAUUGACAGGAUUUAUUUUCUUGCCAUAAAUGCUCAAAUAAUUGUGAUGGUCCAUGUCAAAAUUUAAAUGACAACUUCCAAGUGCAUCGAUCAAGUCUUUUUUCAGAUAAAGAGGGUGAAGACCUAAAUCCUACUUAAAGCUAAUGCCCUUAAUAACAUUUAAUUUUAGCAUUCAAUUCUAUUUCCAAAGUUUAUUUUAUCACCGAGGUUAACAGAUGAAUUAGUUACAGAAAUAAUAUAUAUAUAUAUUUAUAUAUAUCUAGUCCAGUUAUAGCAACCUAUAUAUCUGAAUCCGUAUAAUAUCAUUUGACUGACAGUGUUAUUCAAACACCAUAGAAUGAAUUCAAUCAUCUUUAAAGACCAAAGAAUUUUAGUCACCAAACAUCAAUGAAAUCGAAUGAAAAAUAAUGCAAUAUAUCCCGAGCCAUCAAUAUUUGAACCAUAAUUUGGAAUAAUAAUGGAUAAAUUUUGUACUGGGCGACACUGGUAGAUUCAGUGAACAUGUAGAUUUUCUUGUUAAAAUUCUUUAUUUACAAUUACAGCCCUGCUAAAAAAUACUUUAUGCCAAAUCACUUGGACCUAUUUUUGUUCCAGGAUUAUUUCAAAGUGUAAUAACUUGUACAUGUUUAUACAUAUAUAUUUAUAUUACAAAU